GAAAUUAUUCGACGUUUGAUUUCGAUAAUUUCAGACGGAUUCGGUGAAUUUCGAAGGCGAUAUCCAGAUUUGUGUGAAGCAUCGUCACUUGUCACUUCACCAUCCGCAUCCACUGCCCUCAGCACUGGAAAUAUCGGUGGUCUAUCAAGCGCGUUAACUGUUAAUGAUAAUUGCUCUGAUCAGAGUUCCAAUCGCCACGCAGACUUUCACCAACUUGAUCAAAUAUCAAGAUCAACGCGUUUGCCACACGAGUUGAGUCAAUCGACCUAUUCAGCAUCUACCUGUAACACUGCAUCGUGCACUGCAACGUCAGUUGAAAUGCCCUUCUCAGCCAGUAUAUCACAGCCAUGCCUUCCAGCCACUUCGGAUGGUCCAACCGAAAUCCUACCUUAUCUCUACUUAGGCUCUCAGCAGGAUGCCCUCGAUCCUGUAUUGUUGAAUAAGUAUGGUAUUCAGUACGUGAUAAAUUUGAGUGUGAAUUGCCCUCGUCCAGAAAGUGUGAAACAGGAUGGGCAUUUUAUGCGUAUUCCAGUGAAUGAUUCAUAUCAGGAGAAGUUAUUGCCGCAUUUCGAAGAAGCUUUCAAAUUCGUCGAUAAAGUCUGUCAGUGUGGUUCAGUAGUAUUGAUUCACUGCUUGGCUGGCAUCUCGCGGAGUGCGACGCUUGCAAUAGCGUAUAUAAUGCGACAGAAUAAAUGGACAUCCGAACAGGCGUACAGUUUGCAUUGUAUCUGUUCGGAACUGUCGAAAUCAUGCGGUCACUCUCGGCAGCAGACAAAUGAUUAUGUUGAAGUGGAAGAUGAUAGGCUUUGUGAUAAUCAUUCGAUGGCCAUUUAUGCUCAUUCGAUGGCUCUUUACAAUGGAAGAGAAGGUAAAGCCAAAUUCGUGAAAGAGAAACGACCGUCAAUAUCGCCGAAUUUCAAUUUUAUGGGUCAGUUGCUGGAAUAUGAGUCGAAAUUGCGCGAGCAAUUCUGUUUGGUGUCAUCAACAACGCCACUGAGUGCGUCCUCUCCGUACGGAUCAAGUAACGAUAGCAGUAGUCAAUGCCGAUCACCGAGCAGAUUCUCGUUCAGUCAUUCUGAAUCAUUUUCUUCGACUUAUCACAACACGCAUCAACGGUCUCCAGUGGCUGAGCCAUCGGAGAGUUCUGAUGAAAAGAAGGUGCUUGUUUUGGUCAAUCCUGAUUUGAACCAAAACAAGAGCUGUGUUCAAGUGGAAUGUACGGCGAAAGUAGCCAAAUCGAUCAGUUGUGAGCAUAUCAUAUCGACGAACGUUAAACUGGCACGACCGCGCAGCUUUUGGGAUAACGAUGGCCAGGAGCCGUCGUUCAAGAUGAAUGCGAACGGCAAGCGUGCCAUGCAGUUCACCGACAAUCCACUCUUCUCGGCCUCCUCCAAAGAAUUGCCUUGCUCAUCAAAGUCAAUCUCUGCUCCAAAUACAGCCUCUGUUCCGACUGGUGAUGCUGUGAAUGUUUUCGCCGGAACCAUUAGUUGUCCUAGCAGCGAAACCGGCAGCAGUGCUCUUUCGAACUGUUCGUCUGCUACAGUGUCACAGGCUAGUCUAGAUCGACCGUGUGUUCUAAGCGGAUCUUUCAGCGUCUCUAAGCAACAACAGCACUUCCAGCCUCAGCCACAAAAUCUGCGGAAAAAUAUGGCCGCCAACAUGUUGGGUGCACAAUUUCCGCAGGUUGAGUCGCGAAAACCCGAUCUGCCCUCUCCAACUACGGGCAUGCAAAAGCUCUCGUUCCAGAAUACAGUGGUCGAAAGCGGUGGCAAGAACCGAAAAUUAACGCUAAACCAAAGUCACAGCGUGACGAAUCCAUUUUUCACGUCUCUAUCAAUGCGUCACGACGAUGUUGCGACGCACAACGUUAACCUGAAAUGUCAAGAUACAAGUAAAGAACAAUAUCGCACUCGGUUAACGUGCUGUGCAAAUCCAACGUUUCAGUGUGAUAACCAGCCGAUCACUGAUACAAAUAAGCGAAGGGUAUUGAUCAAACAACAUUCUGAUGGAGGAGCAGCGCCGAGUUCUGCUUCGGAACGCACUCUGCCAUCAUGCUGCGAGAGUGCAUCGACGAGUAGCUCGAAGUGUUCUUGCAGCGCUUGUCGAGCACCGCCCUCUUCACUGAAGUUCAAACAAUCGUGUAUGCCACCAAAACUGUCAGCAUCAUGCCACAAUUUAUCACCACUGCAAGAAGAAGGCGAACAGCAGUCAUCGAAGCAGUCCCUUUCGUUGUCCACCGAAUUAGCUUCACCUGCCAAUGAUCGAAGAUGCCAUAGUAGCGUAACGUUUGACAGUAACCAUUCUGGGGGCAGUAUUAUUGGUAACAGCACUGGUAAAUGUACAACACGUCCAGUGCUAUCCUGUCCAUUGCGUCGUCAGAGAGCGUUGGAUUUGAUGAGUGUGACAUCGGCAUCGCCGCGUUUCCUCUCACGUCUUUCGCAUUGUUUUAGCCUGAACAGCAGACGGUUACCGCUCUCCAGAUAUUCUCUGUCCAUGCUACAGCAACAGCAACAGCAAAUUCAGUCACCCGCUUCACAUCGUUGCCAUAAUCACACCCUCCAACGACAGUCAUCCGUAUUCCCACUGUCACUCAGUUCAGAAACCCUCUCCUCAGACCUUCCGGCCUCAUGCUCACGUUCCCCACCGAUCUCCUCGACCGAAUCCUCUGAAUCGUUGUCCUCAAGCAAACCGUCGUCGUCAUCAUACCGACCGAAUCUCGUUCAGUCACAAAGCGUUAUUUUGACAGGCACAUCAACGAAAUCGCAACAACUGCCAACAGUACAUGAAUUCGUUCUGUCUCAGUCGGAUACGGAACAAGACGACGAGAGCAGAGGCGAGUUGAUGGGCAUUGUGAGUGGCUGUGAGUAUGGCUUUAUGGAUGACGAUAUAACACCGACAGCACAACGGAUCAUGCUUCAUCAACACCCCGAGCAUACGGUCAGCUCGAGUAGUACAAGUGGCCUGGGCACGUCGACGACCAGUUCAGCGUCAAUGGAUUUCGCGACAUCCGCAUCCGAAUCGUUCCAUGAUGCCGAUCGUGACUCGAUCAGUUCAGCGAGUAGUCUCGAGAUUGUUGUUCAGUAA